AUGACCACACAACCCAAGUGCAUUGCCCUUCUCAACGGCUCGCGCGUGUUCACAAUCGGCGUCACGUCAUGCACUUUCCGGUGCACCUCGGCGGCUGUCGGAACGGAGCUAGCAGAACAAUGGCGACCCGGCGCGCACCUGAAGGUCGGCUCACGGACAGAGUGGAACCUGCGCAAACUACUCGACGGUCUGUCGCGGCAUCGUGAAAAGGCAAGGCCGCUUUGGGAGUUUGGCUAUACUUCGGUUGUUGAAACGGUUGAGGUGCGCUUCUUUGGCGUGAUCCCGACCGCGUGCUUCGCGCUCGACUAUUGGGCACACGACAGCUCGCUGACAGUUACUAAAGGAAGCGUCAGCCACAAGCCCACCCCCGGCUUGAGCAUCGACAACGGCUUCGGGACCGGCGCCGAAGGCCUCAGGAGAAGACUGGUAGUCAGCCUCGCCACGUUGGACGACCUGCGCAUCCGCUUCAAUUGCGCCGUAGCGGGACCUGUUGCUACAUCGCUCUGGUACAUGGCCGAGGAAGAGAAGCAAGGCAUGUUCAAGUCCAUGACAGACGCAGCGCCCAGCGAGAAGGUCCCCAAAGCAGGCAGCAUUGCGCAGGUCUACCUUGAAUCGAGCGUUGCAGCGGCUUACUGUGCCUUUCACAUCAAAUGGCGACAUAGUGGGAAUCCAUCUAGUGUGGGAAUAGAAUAUCAUGCAGGAUAUUGGAAGCCUCCCGUCUGGAGCCCAUUCCAUCCGUGUCGCGGCGUGGAGUGUACAAGGCUGCCGAUUUAA